CAACAAUAAUUUUUUCCUUUCUUUCAACGCAAUACAGUUUAACCCAAUUCUCCACAUACCAUCUUGCUCUUUACUGUUGGUUUUUACUGUAAUUAACUCUUUUGCAUUGUCUUGACGCACAUUCGGACACAUCGCCCAUGUCCAUAAUCACGUCUCCCAUUCCUACGGUUUUUGACACCCAUGCAAAUGACAAGACGACGGCAUUAACCUGUGAAUGGGAUCAUUGUUCAAAAUCGUUUCCUGACCAUGCCGCACUGUCGUCCCACUUAUCACAAGAUCACAUUGGAUGGAAACAGCCAGACUAUCACUGUCUCUGGGAAGGAUGUACGCGAUCCAAUAUCAGGUCCCACUCUCGUUUUGCCCUGAUGAUGCACCUGCGAACGCAUACAGGGGAAAAGCCAUACACCUGCACACAUCCAGGGUGCCUUCAAAGUUUCAGCAGAACCGAUGCUAUGCUCAAGCAUCGCAACACGGAACAUGAGGAGGAUGGCAACCACCGAAAGGUCAAGGAAAAAAGCGCUCUGGCUAAGCAUCGCGCCAACUAUUUGACGAAAGAGCGACGGCCCAUCGAUAUGAGUGAAGCUAGUAACAUUGAAGGAACCGAAAACUUUGUUCAGCGAUAUAAGGUGGUGAAAACCAAACUCAACCAUAUUUUAAGAGAAAAUUCGGCUUUGAACGAGGAGUACAUGGAAGCCACGAAAAAGCUCAAGCGACUGCGAACAGAGCGACGCGUAUUAUUGGAUGUUUUAGCCGAGGCUGAGAAAACCUCGCACGACACUGCUGCAGAGCCUGCCGCAAGUCAAGAAGUCAAGGAAGAUGAAGCAGAUGACGAAGAGGACGAAGAGGAGAUUGAUGAAUUAAUGGAUGAAGAUGACGGAUAACUUUUUUUUUUUUUAACCAAAAAAACCGCAUGUAUCCUUCAUUUUCGUUUGGAGUUAUUAAACGUACCGCCUUACUGCAAUCAGGCAUUGUAGAAAUCAAGUGAAAAGAGAAAGAAUAAAUCGCAUGCAAAUUUGCUCUUUUCUUUUCCAGACAGACUUAUGUAGUGAAUAAUGGUAUUUUGAAUGUCUAUAGGAUGGUUGUCCACUAUGUGUUGGUAGGACAUGCAACGUUCAAACGUUUCAGAUGGAUUGUUAGGCAUACUACAAAUUGAGUAACAAG